UACGCCGGCUCCCUCGGCCAAUAAUGCGAGAUGAGCGCGCAACCCCAGAGUCGGUCACGACUGGACCUAAUGGUCAGGGGUCCCUUUACCUUUAUCCAAAUGCAAACUUAAAAUCGGAGGACCUAAGAAUCUCACCCCAGCCCAUCCCCCAAAUUAACAGCAGCGAUAACAAGAAUGGGGGGGGAACCAAUUGAUGUGCUACUGCUAAGUCUCACUGAAGUUUGAGAAUGCAGGCAGUGCCCUCGUCGUUCCAGUUUGUAAAAGGCAGAAAACAGUUUUGUGUCUGAAACUUCAGUGUAUAGUAUUCACCAGAGGGACUGGUUGGGGAAGCAGCACUUUAUCAAUGCACCCCAUACCGUCAUGAAUGGAUACAUACCCAUCACUGUAUGCACAUAAGCCCGCAAAAAGUUAUGAAGUGUUGUAAGUGGCAUUUCUUUGCUACCUGCAGGAGAAGAUAAGGCCCACCCCCUACUUACUGAACAAGACUGAAAUGCAGGUUGUUAGAUGAUGGACAGACUAGUAAAAAAAAUAGGGAGGGAGAUUCUGGCAGAGAAGGGAGAGAUGGUUCCGUUUCUCCACCAGAGCUUGGCCUUCGUGCUGGUUGCAGAAGAAGAGACAGAGGACCAAUCCCUCUCACACCAGCCUGCUGAUUUGUCCCAAGUUGUGAAACAAAAAUUUAUGUUUUAAUAAUGAUGAUGUAUUAUAAUCCACCUUGUGAGGAAAUCCUUCACAAAGCGCUUACAGUAUUUUAAAUUACAAGUUCAGGGUGCAAUAAUAACACUAAAACUACCAGCAUAAAACAGUAACCUAGCCACACCCCAGUUAACUGCCCUCAUCCAUGCACCCCAUCAAAAACUUACGGAAGCAUUUUCAAGCCACCUUUAAAUGCAGGAGGUGGGACCUGCUUAAUGUCUAAUUUUUAAUAUGGAGUUGUGAAGCCACAACCAAGAAAGCCCAGUUAUGCAUUCUCAUCUAAUUAUAUCUGUGUCUCCGAAAAAUUUUUACACAUCACUUGGGAAGACAGGUGAACUAAUGCCAGAGUACUGGAAGAAGCAAAGAUGGCCAGUGUCGAAGCAAUGAUUCUUCAACAUCAACUUCAUUGGACUGGUCAUGUUUUGCAGAUGUGUGAUUAUUGUCUUCCAAAGCAACUACUCUAUUCCAAACUUUAAAAUGGUAAGCGUAACGCUGGAGGUCAACAAAAGAGGUUUAAAGACUCUGUCAAGGCAAAUCUUUUAAAAAUGUAGUAUAAACACCAACAACUGGGAAACACUGGCCUGCGAGCGCUCCAAUUGAAGAACAGCCUUUACUAAAGGUGUCAUGGACUUUGAAGAUGCUCAAACUCGGGACGCAAGGGAGAAACAUGCUAAGAGGAAGGCAUGCUUAGCAAAUCCACACCGUGAUCAACUCCUGCCCGGAAACCUAUGCCCCCGCUGUGGAAGAACGUGUGGAUCCAGAACUGGCCUCCACAGUCACUUACGGACUCACUGUUAAGACCGUCUUUAUGGAAGACAAUCUUACUCGGCUAGGAGUGAUUGCCAAAGAAGAAGAAGAAUUAUAUCUGUAAACACUUGUGUGUUUCGCACUGGCCCCUUAAUUUUGUGUUGCUUUUGUGACUCCCUUGGUCGGGAAAAUUACAGUUAACAGUUUGCAAACAUGGCCAAAAGGGGGCGUUUCCUAUUUUACCCUCCCCCCCCAAAAAAAAUAUCACCCUAGGUAAUUUGAGUGAAAAAGAAAAAUAUUUAAACAGAACUUGUGAGAACACGGGGAUGAAAACUCUUUGAUUGAGUUUGAAAAAUGGUAGGGGAUCAAGUUUGUCACACUUGCAUGAGUGAUCAGUUUAAUAAUGAGUUGCAUUUCCUACUGGCCUGCCCUGGUAUGGGUAUAAUUGGUGCCAUUAUGCCAGUGUGGAGACUUCUUAAAUAUAGGGAGAGCUCAGGCAUUCUUUGGUAGUUGGUAGAGACAACAUCUGCAGCUUUCUGGUAGGCUAAAAUAGUCCUUGCGAGGACCACACCCUAUGCUUUAAUGACCCGUUUCCCUUAUCUCUCUCAAACAUGUGGUAUUGAAUUAGAAGGUUCUGCAAAACCAAAGAUGCUUUAGGUGAGCUGUCCACAGUAUUUUAGGGGGGUGGUAGGGUUGUUUAACAUGCCACCCUUUGCUUAGAACCCUGUAAUCUAAUGUUCUCUGUGGCACAGUUUGAAAUCUAUAGUUAGCCAGGACCAGGGUGAGGUUUUCCAGCUGUGGCAACUUUAUUUUUAAACAUGUCUAUUUUUGUUUCUUUCAUUUCCAAGUCUUUUGCUGAGUAGUGAACCGGGAGCUGGCUAUAUGGUACAAGUGCUUAAUAUGGCUUUUUAAAAUCACAUUUGUUUGAGGUGUGUGUGUGUGAGAACAUUGGGGAACUUUCCAGUUCGUCUUUUGCCAACCUCUUAAUGGAAAAUUGAAUAAUAGGACACAAAUGUUAUGAGCUAAACUCUGUCAGAGUGAAAGGGUGAAAAACCUUAACACUUGUUGGUGAUAUGUGUGCCCUUGGCUGCUUGGUUAAUAAUAAUUUUAUUUUUUUAUAAUUUCAAUAAUUUUUGUUUUAAUGUUUAAACAUAAGGGUAGGAGUUACUAGGGUCAUGGAAUAUAUUUGGCUUCACUUUAACAUAAGGGAAAUCGUAGCCAUCUAGAGUGUUAGAAGUGGGCAGAGAUAUGUUGGAAAAAUUAGAGAACUUGCUCAGGAAAGGGUGACUUUUUAAAAUGACCCAGUUAAUUAAUGCUCGUAACAAGUCCCCAUCAGAUCCCUUCUCAAUAUAAGUGGUGUGUUUCAUUUGCUUGACCAAAUCGUUUUUCAUAAACUGAAAUCCGCAGGCUGGCCUGACUUCUGCCGAAACACUGAUCUGCAUCCAACUUCGGAUCUGACUCCGAUCAGGCCCAUUGAGGUUAAUGUACUGAAGUUAGCUGUGUCCAUUCAAUUCAGUGGGUCUUCUCUUGAGUAUGACGAGCAUUGCUGCCCUUUGUCCGUUUGCAGGCCACCUCUGGGAUUUAUGAAACAGGUGACACUGCAAAUUUUAUAGACUGCGAACGGAGGGAAAGAAAUGAUUUGGGGAGGGAGGGGUGUCAACCCGAGAGUGUCCUUAGGAAUGCAGUUCUCGGGGUUCUCUGGAAGGUGGUUUCUUAAACCAAUGUCUGUCUUGUAGUUUUGAUAUGCCCUCUGAUCACAAAAGGAGCAUAGCAAAUCCAUACCGGAUUUAGGCCAGUGACCUGAAGAAACCUGGGGAAGUUUUUUACCCUGUGGUUUUUGUACUGUGGUCUGAAUAGCAGGAGUUGGGCUGCGGUGGGUGAGUUGGUCGCAUUGCAGCAUAAGGCUUGACUUGAUGUUCUUUCUCUGCCUUUUCUAGGGGUGCACAAUUACGUAACUACUGCAUGUACCGCAGUGGUAGAGAGUUUUCAUUUUUGAAUGCUUUCUAGCUUUGCCUACUGGGAACAGGGGCUGUGCAUGGGACCAGAGCCUUGUUCUGCGCCAGUGUGGCGCUUCAGUUUCCGAUUCCACAGGGCUUAUGUCUUCACACACUUUCAAGUGUGCUGUUGUAAGCAUGAGGUCUAGAAACUUGUUUGGAAAGCCGGACGCUGUGGCUUUUUCCUUGUUCCGAGGCAGAAUUCCAGCAGUUGUUCUGCCGGGAAGGGUUGUUUUGCAUUUCACCUGACCUGGUAGCGAGACGGCGCCCUAAUAAUGCGGAAGGAGAUAAUUAUCAGGAAGAUCUUCCUUCACCCUGGGGGUGAUUUCUGCUGGAAUCCAUGGCGCAAGAGGUUCGCCUUGUGCAGGUACCGCUGAGAAUAAAGGGCUGGCUCAGGGCAGGUGACAAUGACUCGAUUAGAGCACUUUUUGCACUCUGGUCCUUCCCAUUGCAUGUGGCUUCCACCCUCAGGAUGGCACAGGUACAGCAAAGAGACCUUUGUGUGGAGAGAGAAAGAGAGAGAGAAAGCGAGAAUCCUGGGUGAUGCAGCGUGUUGGCUACUAAGGAACUGAAGAUGAGAAGGUGCUUCGAAGGUGUCGGGCUGCAAUGCUUUCUUAAGGGUAGGGCUAUGGCCGUAACACAGGGCCAGAAAUAUCUCCUCAUCUUCGACUUUGACGAGACCAUCGUGAACGAAAACAGCGAUGAAUCCAUCCUCCAGGCUGCUCCAGGGAAGCAGCUCCCGGAGUCGAUCCGCAGCACUUCCCGCGAGGGUUUCUACAACGAGUACAUGCAGCGGGUCCUGCAGUACAUGUGCGACCAAGGGGUGAAGAUGGCCGACUUCAAAGCAGCCUACGAAAGGAUCCCGCUCUCCCCCGGCAUGGCCGACCUCUUCCAGCUCCUCUCCAAGCAGCAGGAGCACUUCGAGAUCAUCCUCAUCUCCGACGCCAACAUGUUCGGCAUCGAGUGCGCCUUGAAGGCGGCCGGGGCCUAUCCCCUCUUCCGCAAGAUCUUCAGCAACCCCUCGAGCUUUGACAAGAGAGGCUACUUCACCUUGGGCCCUUACCACUCGCACAACUGUAAGCGUUGCCCGGCCAACAUGUGUAAGCACAAGAUCCUUACGGAAUACCUGGCAGAGAGGGCACAGGAAGGGGCCAGGUUCGAACGCAUCUUCUACGUAGGGGACGGAGCCAAUGACUUCUGCCCUUCUACCGCGCUGAAGUCGAGCGACAUCGCCUUCCCCAGGAAAGGCUACCCCAUGCACCAGCUCAUCCAGGAGAUUGGGAAAAGCCAGCCGGGGACAUACCAGGCCACUGUCGUCCCCUGGGACUCUGCCGUAGAGAUUUCUUGCCACCUUCAAGAAGUUCUCAAGAAGAAAUGUUGAGGGCGGGGGAGACCUUUGGUGGGAUGAAACAGCUGCUCUCGUUUGGAAAGAUCUGAACGAUUAUAGCAUCACAGCUCUCUCACGCUUGGCUUAAGUCUCUCUCUCUCUCUCUCUCUCUCUCUCUCUCUCUCUCUCUCUCUCUCUCUCUCUCUCUCUCUCUCUCUCUCCUUUCUCCACCUCAAAAUCUCUUAUCUCUGGGUCUCCCCUCCCUUCAGCCUAGAGAUAAGGGCUCACUAUGCAGUUAGGAAAUCCAUUCAAGGAAGGGUGGGUGGAUGACAGGUCACUUUAAAUAUUUUUGAUCGCCUUUUUGAAAAGCAAAAGCAAAACACUUUUGCAUUUGCUAAACCCACGCAUCUCGUUUUGCUUGGGCUGGUUCUUCUCAGUAGCGCUCUCAGCGCAUGGGGAAAUUCUGUCGCUACCAAAGCAUUUCGACUGCUUCCAGGUGUUAAUCUAGCUCUUCUCCCCCUCCCUUAACAAACACCCUUUAAAAAAUUUUUUACAUUUCCAGAUCCUACUCCAUCUAACAGGAUGUCGGAAUUGUCUUUAAUUGUUUAACUAAAUUGGGGUGGGGGUCACCUAGCAUCUCCGGAAAGGAAUGGGAGAGCCAGAAAGAUUAUCCCAGCUGCAUCUUCUGGUUGGACUUGAUGAUUCCUGGUAUCAUUGCUCAUCUUGUGGCUGAGAUGAGCCACUUUGGUUGGGGGACGGAGAACCUACUGCCUCCGGAUAUUUGCUGAACUACAACUCCCACAAUUCCCGACCAUUCGCAAUGCUGGCUGGGGGCUGAUAGGAGCUGUGGUCCAACAACAACCGAAGGACUAUAGCUCCAUCCCCACUGCUUGACUUAGGCCGAGCACGUUGGGAACAAAAUGGGAAAGCACUUUUGCUGCAGCAGCCUAUGAAUGGUGUUUACUGCUCUCCCCUUCCUUGCCUGGCAAGACAACGUCUUCAAGGAGUAUUCCUGCUGCUCAGAAGGGGCUGGUGUCUAAAAGGAAGGGGGAACGAACAGGAUCGGGAGGCCUGUAGGUUGCAGUGAAUGGCAAAGAGGGCAAAGAGACCAGCGGGCUCUGGGUUGAGACCUGAAUGAGUCAGAAGAAGUAGCCAGUCAGUGCACAGGGUGGGCGAAUGAGAACAAGCAAAGAUAUAUUUGAGGCGCCACUUUUCUCUAAGGGUGCCUCGCCCUGGUAAGCACCCUAGUUGUGCUCCCAUUGCACAUUUUGGCUCUUGCUGGCCUGGGUUUCACCUUUGGGCAUUUCCCCAUUCCUGCACAGCUCUUUUCCUUGCAGAUUCUGGCUGGAUUUCUCUAUUCCCCAUACGCUGAAUUUGUCAGUUUGCAGCAGCCACAUCCCAAUGAAUGGCGGAUUGGGGGCAGGGGUUGCGGAGUAGAAAUGGAUUAUUUGGCAAGGUGGGAAAUCCACGUGGAGUUGGGUCUUGUGCUACAAAUGCAUCAUUUUAAAGGAAAAGGCGGUCCUUUCUGCUACAUCCAUAUGCUGGUUUUUGUACCCACUUUGGGUUAAACCACAGAGCCUAGGGCUUGCUGAUCAGAAGGUCGGCAGUUCGAAUCCCUGCAACAGGGUGAGCUCCCGUUGCUCGGUCCCAGCUCCUGCCCACCUAGCAAUUCAAAAACACAUCAAAAGUGCAAGUAGAUAAAUAGGGACCGCUCCGACGGGAAGGUAAACGGCGUUUCAGUGCGCUGCUCUGGUUCGCCAGAAGCAGCUUUGUCAUGCUGGCCACAUGACCCAGAAGCUGUCUGCGGACAAACGCCGGCUCCCUCGGCCUAUAGAGCGAGAUGAGUGCCGCAACCCCAGAGUCGGACAUGACUGGACCAUACCUGCCAAGUCCUGGAUGGGAAAAUCCGGGAUCGGCAGCCCACGACACCGGAAACGCGUAGACGCAACUUCCGGUGGCGCUUUGCCCUUCUAUGGGCACCAGA